AGCGUCGAUGCAACGAAAGACUCAACUAGUAGUCAAGAUGUUGUUCACCCGUCCCGGGAAGCUACUGGUGGAGGUGAUCAUGGCUCGCGACAUGGUCACGGAGAGCGACAGCACCAGCAUCAGCUCGAGGGGCGGCGGACUCCACCACAACUUCCACAACCAACCGGUUGACUCCUACGUCAAGGUCCAGCUAGUUCCUCAGGAGUGGUUCCCCGCGGCCCAAGUCCGCAAGACGAAGACUCAACGAAAGGCCGACCCUGCCGUUUACGAGGAAACCUUUGAAUAUGAUAUGAGCAAAAACGACGACGGAGUUCGCGCUGGCUUACUCCUCUUCACCCUCAAAGACUACAACCUGGGGAGAUCGAACACCUUCAUUGGAGAAGCAGUGGUGCCUCUCUCUGACCUUCCUUGUGUCGACUCGUCACAGGUCCACACUGUCCCAAACACUUAUCUUAAGAUGACCAUUCCUGGUCUUGAUAUGGGUUACAAGUCCCUGCGAGCCCUCCAAAGACGCACCGGAGACAAAGUCGCCUCUUCCUUCCUGAAGAAGGUCUCCAAGCGUCUGCCGGAGACGAGGCUCAAAACUCCACAGAAACAGGACGACGAAAGAAGCAGACCGCGGAGUCCCAACUUAAUAGACAGAUUUAAAUUCACUUGAGACAGAGAACGAUGAGUACAGUGUCGUCUGUAAUUGGGGGUUGUCCAGUACCAUGACGUAGAAAGCAUCAGGUCAUUCCUUUGACAGUCUUCGUCUGCAAGGCUGCAUCUCUGAGAUGUGGUCAUCUUGCAGAUUUCAUAGCUGUGCUGUGUCUCUGAAUUAGGGUGAACUGGAGGUGAAUUGAUGCAAAAAUACUCUGUAAUACUGCGAAGAAGAAAACCUUACGGAAAAUCAGAUACGCUAAGAUAAUGUACUCAUCUUGAACACCACAUCUGUGCAUUACAUACUAAAGGCUUACUCAAGACAAGGAAAUAACAAUGCAUUACAAAGAUAAUUUCAUCCCUGUGAUCCUCUGUACAUAGAAUCCAGCUCUCUGGCCCAACUCUGAACUGAAUGGCUGUGAUCCCUGUUAUGACUUGGGUGUUUGCUGCUCAGAUUUUUUUUCUUUUUUGUACAUACCCGAGAAUACGAGAAAGAAUCUUUGUUUAAGAAUACCUUUGUGGUGUAAGAAAGGAAAGCUAUUGCUCUUUUUUUUAAUGUAUGCCAUGCUUCUGUUACCCCUUAUUGUCGAGGUAUCCCACCUGUAACCAGUUGUAACCAGUUUUCUAAAGAAAAACAGGCUGCUCCAUUGUUAAAAUUCUCUCUCAUUUUGUUUAAAUGAAAGUUGAAGGAAUUUUUAUUUUGUUUUGGAUGGUGUAAGAAAAGUGUUGAAUAUUCAUUACUUUUUUUUAGGCGUUUUGAAUUAGGAUGUGAUAGCUAGCAAUUAGCUGUAUAUAUUCUUGUUACCUGUAUUGAAUGAUUCUCACGAAAUCAUGACGAAUAUUUUCAGACGAACAGAGGCAUACUUUUGUAAAUCUCCCUUUUACCUAUAUUGUACAAAGCAAAAGACGAUCACCUCAGGACUUCGCCUGUAAAAACUGUGUAUCCUUCUGCUUCUCCGAUUGCUCAACUUGCAACCACAUGCAUCGCAUAUGCAGUAACUGCAUCUGCUGGAGUUGCGUCCUGAGGCAAGAUGGUUCCUAACUCCAGGGAACACAGAGGGUGCUGGUAUUGCAGGAGAACACUCGCGAGAGCUCUGGGGAAGUCUGCUUGUUCAUUACUGUGACUAGAUAUCGAAUUUUGUCAGCUCUCGU